UUUUGGAUUUGCAUGCAUGUGAGUUACAUCAUAAUCUUGUCCUUUUUGCAUGCGUCAUGCAGUCCUCUUUCUCUAUUUCCUUCAAACUAUAUAUGCAUGCAUUAGCAUCUGACUUAAAAAAUCUACACCGUCACAUGGGGAAGGAAGGAACCACGUUGAAGGAAGCAACAAACUGUGCUAAAACAGUCUAAUUAAUUGGACUGACACGCGGCUCAUCACGAAUAUUUCUACUGGCCAGCACACUUUUUGAGGCGAUGGUUGCUGAUCCGUCGCCUUCCGCGACAUAUAGCCGCACCCCCACCAGACGGGCGGAGUAGUUGAUCUCUCUAUCUCUCUCCUCCCCUGCCACUCCUGCUUUCUCUCAUCUUGAUGCUACAUUUCCGUGGCAAUUUGUUGCCUCCCCGGUCCCUUCGCGACGCACCCCAAAUCAAGCCACCACUAUCCCUUGUCGUUUUCCUCUUGCUCUCUUGCCUACCAGAGAGGAGUCGUUCCAUUGUUUGGAUUGGCUCGGCGGAUUGCCUGUUUGUUGAUGCUUGCUGGGCGAUUUCAAACUGGGGCAGAUUGCUUUUUGAUGGUGUUCUUUGAUGCAGGAGGCAGGGAAAGGGAGGGAGAGGGUGGUGGAGGUGGAGGAUCUUAGUGCAACCACCAAGGACGCAGCUGUUGUAAGCACCAAGCCCACUAAGAGAUAUCCACUCGCAUUAUGGAUAGCCAUAUUAGGGUUGAUCAUGCUUGUUGGCGUGUACAUAUUCUCGUUGUCCUUGAAGCAAAACGGGAUGUUGUUUGGUCUCUUGCAGACCAACAUGAUAGAAAAGGAAAGGGAGAAACCCUGUCAUGAUCCCAGAAUUCCAGACACAGAAAUCCCUUAUGUGCACUACCCGACGCCAAAUACGUAUGACAGGGAAGAAUGUGCAUGCAUGGGGGUUAGGUUCUUUGCUAUCUUGUCAAUGCAAAGGUCAGGGAGUGGAUGGGUUGAGACAUUGUUGAAUAGCCAUCCGAAUAUUAGCUCCAAUGGAGAGAUUUUCUCCGUCAAACCAAGACGCAAUAAUAUCACUGAGAUAACAAAAACACUAGAUAAAUUAUACAAUCUGGAUUGGUACAGCAGUGCUGCUAAGAAUGAAUGUACGGCUGCUGUGGGGUUGAAAUGGAUGCUCAAUCAGGGUCUAAUGAAGCACCAUCAAGAGAUAGUAAAAUACUUCAACCAAAGGGGUGUGUCUGCAAUUUUUCUGUUAAGAAGAAAUCUUCUCCAGCGCUAUGUCUCUAUAUUAGCAAAUGCCCAUGAUAGUGCCAUGAAACAACUAAAUGGAACUCAUAAAGCUCACGUGCACUCCAAACAAGAGGCCGAAAUUCUUGCUCAAUAUAAGCCAACAAUUGACAAAAAAACGUUGAUUACUGAACUAAAGCGGUCUGAUAAGUUGGCAGUUGAUGCCUUGAUGAAUUUCAAGAACACCAGGCACGUUGUUCUGUACUAUGAGGAUGUUGUCAAAAAUCGCACUAAGCUCAUGGAUGUCCUGGAUUUUCUGAGAUUGCCUAAGAGGAAGCUGUCCAGCCGGCAUGUGAAAAUCCAUACUAAACGAUUGCGUGACCAUAUCGAUAACUGGGCAGAUGUUAGUAACGCUUUGACGGGGACGCGUUUUGAGAGCUUUUUGAAUGGCCGAAGUAGACGAUGAAGUUAGCUGGUGUAAAUGUUGUAGUGAGUCGUCCUUUUGAUCCCUUGUUCUCCCCUUCUACAGCUAACAGACUUAGGCAAAGUAGGCAAUUUUGGAU